GUGAGCUGGGCCAAGACCCAAUAAGUCCCAAUUCCAAUGGCGAGUCUGGCUAUUAUAAAUCAAGCAGCCAUCUCUGUUUCCAAUCAUUACCCACUACCCAAACUCACUGUCUCUCUGAUUUCCUCUCCGUUUGCAAGGGCCAACUCCAAACCAAGCGGAAGCGGAAGGCUCUCUUCUAGGAUAAGAGCAGAAGUAAUGGCAACAGAGAAAAUGGGAAUAAAGAUCGAACGGAACCCUCCUGAGACAAAACUCACCCACCUCGGAGUCAGACAAUGGCCCAAGUGGGGAUGCCCUCCAAGUAAAUUCCCAUGGACAUAUGAUGCCAAAGAGACAUGUUAUCUUUUGAAGGGUAAGGUGAAGGUUCACCCUGAUGGGCACCAGGAUUUUGUGGAGUUUGGGGCUGGUGAUUUGGUUGAGUUUCCAAAAGGAAUGAAGUGCACUUGGGAUGUAUCAGAAGCUGUGGACAAGCACUACAACUUUGAAUAUUAAUUUAUGAGCGUUAAUCCAAGAUGGAUGUAAUUUAGCUUUCUAAUACUUGUAAUUAGGACCGGACCUGCAGAUAAUUCAUCAUCUGC